AUGCCUGCGGAUGUUGAUUUCCAUCUCCUCCCCAUCGGUAAUGCCAAACACAUCUCUGAUCUCCCCGACGAGUGCCUGGCCUACAUCUUCAAGUUCCUGGGCUCCCUCGACGGCAAAAGUUGCUCUCUCGUCUGCCGCCGUUGGUUCCGCUGCGAGGGUCAGAGCCAACAACGCCUCUCUCUCAAUGCCAAAUCCGAUCUCCUCCCUGUCAUUCCCUCUCUCUUCACUCGCUUCGAUUUCGUUACCGAACUUGCCCUCAAAUGUGAUCCCCGAUCCAUCAGCAUAGGCGACGACGCUCUUGUUCUCAUCUCUCUCCGCUGCCGUAACCUCAUUUGCCUCAAGCUCUGUUGUUGCCUUGAUUUGACCCAUGUAGGCAUGGUCUCUGUUGCCGUCCAUUGCAAGGGAUUGAAGAAGCUCUAUUGUGAUUCCUGCAUCUUUGGUGCCAAGGGCAUGAACGCUGUCCUCGAUCACUCUUCCUCCCUCGAAGAGCUUUCGGUCAAGCGUCUCACCGGCAUCACUAACAUGCCUAUUGGACCAGGUGUCGCUGCGUAUUCCCUUAAGACCAUCUGCAUCGAGGGUCUCAACAACAGCGAGUACUUCGGACCCCUGAUUAUCAGCUCCAAGAAUCUCAGGACCUUGAAGAUCUUAGGCUGCCGCGAUGGGGAUUGGAAUAAGCUCCUCGAAGCCAUAGCGGAACAAGUAACUGGUCUGGUUGAGGUCGAAGUGAGGACAGAUCUAAGCAACGUCGGCCUUGCUGCCAUAUCUAAUUGGUCAAAUUUGGAGAUCUUGUACCUAUUUACGACUUCCAGGCGCGCGGGGCUUGUGUCCAUUGCUGACCACUGCAAGCUCUUAAGGGUUCUCCACAUCCAUGGAUGGGAGAUACGUGAUGGGGGCCUUAUUGCCAUUGCCAAACAGUGCCCUAACAUUCAGGAGUUGGUUCUGGUCGGUGCCAAGCCUACUUGUUUGAGUUUAGGCCUCCUCGCUUCCAAUUGCCAGAAUCUCGAGCGUUUAGCACUGUGUUGGAGUAACACGUUUGGUGACGAAGAGAUUUCAUGUAUUGCUGCUAAAUGCAUGGCAUUGAAGAAUUUCUGUAUCAUAGCCUGUCCUGUAACUGAUCAUGGGAUGGAUGCAAUUUCCGGUGGAUUCCCUAAGCUGGUCGAGUUGAAGGUUAAGAAAUGCUGGGGAGUAACUUGUGAAGGUGCGGAUAGGUUGAGGGCAUGUCGGGUUUCAUUGGCUGUCAAUUUAGAUCACAGCGAAUUCGAAGUUUUCCCAACCAGAUCAUUUUUUGAUCGAUCCUAA